GUCUGCUGGGUGGCUGGCGGCCCGUGCUGCUCCGGUGCGCUGGGCUGGCCGCCGACGUCUCCUGAUCCGUGGUUGGUUUUGGCUGGUGCCAUCUUUGUCGAUGGCGAAGGGGUCUGUGGGGUAGUGCUUGUGUCGAUGCGGUGAUCAAGUUGGUUGCUGCGUCAGAGUCGAGUGGCUGAGAUAAAACGAUCGUUGCGAGAGAAAGAGUGUUGGAUGGAACGAAAUGGAAGAAAACUGAAGAAGGGGGCCUUACUUUGGCUGAAGUGGGUGGAGACAUCAGUCCGUGGCAGGCCGUCUUGUACCACGAAACAAUCUGCUUCCAGGUAUCUCGGGCCACUGGGAUCAGGGAUUGGUUUGCUCCCAGCCGGAUACAUCCCGUCGGAUGGCCACUCGGGGGAUGGCAGCCGGCCAGGCGGUGAGCGGAGGCAUUGCCCCUUGAAACUGCAGAACUGCGAUAUAACAUGGCAGGCAGACUGCAAAUUACAUCUUCGGCAUCGGCUGAUCAAUAGACAGGGGUCGAUAAAAACGAUGGCGGACCGGAGGGGACAACGGAGUGAAAAGUCUUCCUUGUGCACGGGUCGGCAAAUGCCGCCCAAGAUGACUCCGACUCUUGACACCAUUGACAACCUUCGGACAAGUCAUUGGCGAAACGCCAGACGUCCUGGUUUGGCGACGAGGAACAAGGGGAAGGUUGGUUUCCCAGGACCAUGCGUUAUCUGGUUUCGAAGAAAAGCCCGAUCGUGUCCUGUGGGAACACGGCAAUGCAUGUCGAGGAAGAGGGCCCGUCUGGUCGGGUCAGGCUACUUUGCGGCACAGAUAGCGGUCGUAUGCGGCUCCGGCAGUCUUCCAGAAAUCGCUGUGCGGCGCUCUGUUGGGCGAGAUCUCUCCCGCGACUGGCUGGGACGGCUGGCUGGGAUGUCCAGAUAUGGCGGUGCCAGGGCGCUCGGGGAAGAGUCCGGGAUGGCGGGGGGGCAGACUCUGACAACGGUGGCCCCGGAUCAAGCCUGCAGAGCCCACGGCCAGGGCUGACUGAUGAUCUGCGUUUGGCAGCAGCUUCUUGGCGGGCGCUAGACGAUAGAGGAUUUCGUAUUUUGGGGGGGGGUGGUGGCGUCUGUUUAGGUC